AUAAACCUUUCUGUAGUGUUCGUUUAGCGGUUUGGCCGACGUUAGACUAAACACGAGUGCAACAGCGUAAGGGAUCUUCCCGAUCAUGUCUUGGCCAAACAGUUGGCCCGCUGUGCAGCAGCAGCAGCAGCAGCCAGCCGGAUUGGUGCCAUCGUAUCCACCUCCAGUGGGCUCUGCUGCCGUCGCGACGUCCAGCAUCGCGGCUGGGACUGAUUUUGGAGCGCUCAGCUCAUACAAUCAGUGGCAAUGGCAGCAGUACCAACAACAGUACGCCCAGUGGCACGCACAGUAUGGGGAGCAAUAUGCACAGCAAACGGGCAACGCACUGCCCCCCGUAGCCACUCCAAUGCCGUCUGCCGUGGCUACGGUGCCGACUGUUUUUGCAGCCGUACCAACGUUACCCUCGUUUCCGCCUGUCAACUUGGUCGCUCCGCCGCCUCCCUCGGAACCACAUCCGGACGAGCUCAAGUCUCAAACAAAUCAACAAAAGCCUCCCUUACCGGAGGAACAGAGUGCCGAGGAGAUCGCCUUCGACGAGCAGUUCCACAAGUGGGAGCAGGAGUUCGAGGUGUGGAAGCGCAACAACAGCAACCACCCGGACAAGAAAGCGUACCGGGAUUACGAGCAAAAGUGUGAAGAGCGCCGCAAAAAGCUUCUGGAGCGGCGCGAGCAAUUGAGAAGAAAACGAAUGGAAAAGAAUGCUUCGCAGGCUGUGCCAGCACCGCCGCCGACGGUUCCACCACCGCCACCCCCUUCCGAACCGGAACAACCAACGGGCGACGGAGCUCAAGUAGCAAACGUGUUCAACCACGCGUCCGCCGGAGCGCACAGUGCGAGCGGUGGAAUCCCCGGAUUGGAUCUGAUCUGCGAAAAUCCCCCACCACAACUGAAAAAGCCCAAGCUGGAACCGAAUGCGGAUCCGGUGGUGGCGGUGAUCGAUUUAGAAGAAAAUGAUCCGACAGACCAGAAGCCCACUCUCAACGGUAUGAACCAGAGUCCUGGCUCUGCCCGCGCGCAAGAGACGAACGUGGAUGCGAUCAGUUCCUUGCUGAACGAUCCGAAGGUGAAUGCUCUGUUGCAGCUGGUCGGUAACACGAUGGCAUCGGCUGGGACCAACGGUGGAGGAGACGCUGUCGGCACGGUCACUAACCCCCUGAUGGUCGCACUUGCGCAGCUGACGCACAACCGGUCGGGCGCUGAUGGCAGCGGUGGUGAUCUGGUGAAACAGUUGCAAAACACAGUCGAAAAUCGCCCCAAUGGUUCGUGUCGUAAUGAGCGUGGCGCUGUCGGCCCGCAGACUAGUAGAUUUUCGAGCAGCCCGGCCAGCAGCGUAGCUAGCAGUAGCCGGACCACGCUGCCAGACUUUGAUCCUCGCAUUCCGCCACCAAUGAUCGAUGUGGAUCUUUCUCAACCACCACCGAUGUUGCCACGAGGGCGGAAUCACAAACCUCCAACGCAGAGGCGCGAUCGGUGGAGUGGCAAUCCGCCGGAUCGUUUCGAGCACCGGUAUCAGGGUAGUCCGGUGGCAAAAAUGGGUCGCUUCGAUCGUCCUCCACCAUCGCUAGGGUUCUCGCCGUCGGCGGAGUACCAGAUCGAUCCGGAACUAGGCCGGCCCGUGGCCGUUCCGAAACCGCUGUGGAUGACGGAGGACGAGUAUCAGGAGAUUUACGAUCGAUACGAGGACGUGCAAAGUUUCGAUGAGCGUAAACACAAAAUGGAACUGGCCAUUCAGGUGUUGAAGCAGAACAAAAUACGUGCCGGCCAGCUGCCGCCGGGCUACGAACGGCCGUUGCUUUCCGUCCGGGGCAGUAUGCCGAGGCCGAUGAUUAAGACCGAAAUCAAGCACGAACCGACCGAUGAAUACUUUCAACCGACGCAGGUCUUUGACUACAGUAACUGCAGGAGUGUACCUCCACCAUCCGUAACCCAGGAGCCACCGAUCGGGCGAGUGAUCGACUAUGGACACCAGGGUGCCGGAUCGCACGGUGUUUAUCGCCCGGAUGACCGAAGGGAUCUUCAGACUCGCCUGCGCAAUGCUCAAAAUGCGAACGAGAACCAGUUUGUUCAUGGCUCGCAACGCUUUGAUUACAACCACUCGAGCGUCUCGAACGCAGCCACUAGCAGUGGCAACUGCAUCGCGGAACAGCGCGAUGACCACCAGUGGCCGAUGGCAGCGGUGUUGCCGCACAACAAACCGAUCGACCGAUCCGUUUCUAGCCUGCAGCGCUUGGCCGAGAUGCACCUGAACCCGAAUCCCGAGGAAAGCAACCCGCACUAUCCUUGCAAGUUCAUACUGAUGAACGAUAAUCGACCCAACUGCUUGAGCACCAAGCGUGCCAAGCGGCCAUCGUCGAUACGGAAACAAAAGUUGAAGCAGCAACUUCAGCAACAACAGCAACACGAGCCGGCUGGUGGAAUCAGUGGUACGGUCGUUCCCGUCGGACUUGAGCCGGACUCGGAGCCAGGGCUGGAAGAGCUGAGCUCGGACAACGACCUUGAAGACGAUCGACCCGACUGGGGCAACAGUACCGACGACGGGGCCGCUAGCGGUCGGCAGUGUAAGAGUGAACCGCGCGACGACGAUCGCUCGGAGUCGGUAGUUUCUUCCCAAUCGUCGCAGCAACACGGAUUGCCCCCGCGGAUGAUCGAUAUCGAGGAGCUGCUGUUGCCCCCGGGACGAUUCAGUCGGCCGGCCCGUAUCUGUUUGCUCGUUCGCGGACUCCCGGGCAGCGGCAAGUCACACCUGGCCCGGUUGAUCAAGAACAAGGAGCAAGGGUUCGGUGGGGCAUCACCGCGGGUCCUCAGCCUGGACGACUACUUUCUGGUGGACAAAGAGGUGGAAGAACGGGACCCGGUGAGCGGGAAGGUAACGACGGUGGUCCGCGCGGAGUACGAGUUCGACGGGGAGAUGGAGGAGAUUUACAUCCAAAAUCUGAUCAAGGCGUUCAAGCGCACCAUCUCGGAGCGGUUGUUUAACUUCGUGAUUGUCGAUUGCUGCAACCAUCGGUUGGAGUACUAUUGCGAGUUUCACAACUACGCCCGGAGCAACGGGUUCAAGGUGUACACGUGCACUAUGCAAACGGAUGUGGACGCUUGCGCCGACCAAAACGUUCACCAUCGCACGGCCGCGGAGAUCCAAGUGUACGCCGACAACUGGGCCAUGGCCCCGGAUGAGCAUGUUCAGGUCAACUUCAACUCGUUGCUAGAACCGGAACCGUCGGACACGAAUGCAGUCGUCACCGAUAUGGACAUUGCGGCCGACGAUGAAUCCCUGCCAGAUGUGGACAGUGAAAACCAGCUGGAACAUGCCAACGCAUCACAGGACGACAGUAACGACGAUAGUGCGGCGGGUACCGCAGAGUGUGAUUUGUUCGCGAGUAAAUGGGACAACGACACCAGUGAGCAGAAUUUAGCCCGACUCGAUGGCACUAGUAAACCCUUGAAGCGCCCACCUACCCUGGAGGACUACUUGCAGCUGGACAACGAUGAGGAUGACGACGGCGACGACGGCGAUGAUGCCGAAGGUCGAGAAAAGGCGGCCGGCGUCGGCGACGGCGGCGCCGGUGGUGCUGUCAGCAAGAAGAAGAAACGUGUCCGAUGGGCCGACGUAGAGGAGCGGAAAGCGCAACGCAAGAUGCGUCAGGUGGGCUUCGUUGUCGGUGUAACGGAUUGGUCACGGAUGAUGGAUCCUACGAAAGGCAGCAGCGCCCUGACGCAGACAAAGUAUAUCGAGCGCGUGAAGAAACCGUCCGACGGGAAGUAACGCAUUGGCGCACUGCUCAGUUAUCCACCGGUGCCGGUGCGAGCGGGAAGUUCACCGGGGAAAGCCGUCGCACCGUUGGGUGCCCACUCGAGCGCACCCGAUUGCAAUUCAUGUUCCACGGUUUUGCAAUAAUGUGAAAUGGAAUUCAAUUGUUUAAAGGCUUUUCUACUGUGAGGCAACGGGCAAUCAUGAUUAACUCGCGCGCAUUGCAUCUCUUAUUGUAUAUUCUGAACCGGAUCGC